GUGUACAGCCUAUUAUUUAGGAUCUGAAAACCACUCUCACGAGAGUGUAUGUGUACAUGGCUAUAUAUACAUAGCAGAGCAUUCAAUAAUAAGAUGAUUCAUAUUGCUUAAUACUUGUAUUCUCUUUAUGGUAUCAGAGACUGCAAUUGAUUAAAUUGCUUCGGUCAUUUCCUUCAUUCUCAAAUGGGAGACCAUGCCAAUAGCUCAUCUCAAUCUACUGGUGUUAUUCCUACGAAUAACUCUCCCACCCCACAAUUAAUCUCCUUAAAUGCCUCAUCUCAGAUUCCAAUUAAACUUUCCAAUGAUGGAAGUAAUUACUCAUCAUGGAAAUCUCAAUUGACUAAUCUCCUCUUUGGCUAUGACCUACUAGGUUAUGUCGACGGUUCUACUCCAUGUCCUGAUAAAUCAUCACAUGAUCUCAGCCUCUGGAAUCGUCAGGACCGCCUUGUUCUCUUGGCACUCCAAUCAACAGUUUCUGGCCCGGUCGGCCCCAUCAUCAACAGUUGCAAAACCUCAGCAGAAGCAUGGGAGAAGCUUGAAUCCAGCUUUGCUAAUACAUCCAUCACCAGGAUGCUCUCCCUGCACAACAGCCUAGCCACCACAAAGAAAGCUGGAAAAUCCGUUACAGAAUACAUGGGAAUUAUGGAAGGAUUAGUUGAUGAUCUUGCCACUAUUGGUCACCCCGUCUCCUCCGGCCAAGUUAUGUCAUAUGUUCUUAAUGGCUUUGGGCAAGAAUAUAAGGAAACAAUUUCUGCUCUCCGAAUUCAACCGACACCUCUCACGCUUUCUACCCUUCGUCAUCAUCUCCAACAAGCAGAAAUUCUGGCCGGUGACAACCCAGACACCUCUAUAUCUGUCCAGUACUCUCAACGGCGAAGCAACAAUUUCUCUCGUGGCAGAGGGGGCAGAGGUCGCGGUGGCGGUCGACACACCUCCACCAACCUAAACCCUCAUCAACACGGUUUCGGUUCUCAACCAAGCAAUUCUCGUUCAACCGUCAUCUGCCAACUUUGUGACAAACAUGGUCAUACGGCACGCACUUGUUACAACCGUAAUGCUCCUUCUGUUAAUAUGACAGACAAAUCACCAAAUGCAGAGGCAAAUGCAGGAUGGCUUCUAGAUACUGGUGCCACACAUCACGUUACCUCGGAUCUGAACAACCUGGCUAUUCACUCAGACUAUUCUGGCAAUGACUCUGUUAUCAUGGGAGAUGGAUCUAACCACAGGGGCAUCCUUGGCCCGCGGCCGGAGUAAAAACAAUUUAUACAUAUGGCCGGAACAACCAUCUCCACUCGUGUCUCACAUCUCUUCCAACAUAUGGCAUCAACGACUUGGUCACCCAACUCUCUCAGUCCAGAAUCGUAUUCUCUCCUCAAAUAAAACGCCUGUUCGUCAAGACACGUUCCCGUGUCAACCAUGUCUUCAAGCCAAGAGUCAUAAGUUACCUUUUCAUAAGUCUACAAUAAAUUGUAAUCAUCCGUUUGAGUUUAUUUUUUCUGAUGUUUGGGGUCCAGCUCCCGUUUCUGCUAUUCAUAAUAAUAAAUUCUAUGUAAUUUUUGUUGACUAUUACACAAAGUACUCUUGGUUAUUUCCUCUUAAACAUAAA